AUGAAAAUAGCUAGUCGCAUGUACAUUAAGAAAGGUUUGUUAUCGAUGGGGAUCCCAGUGCCCUGUUCUGUUCUAUAGUACACAUAUCUGUGAGUCAGAAGUCCACAUGUGAUUAUGAUACAUUUAUUAUAAUGCUGUUGAUAGAGUCUAUCAGUUUGUUCUUCAUGGAGUUUAUUUAGCUUUUUCUUAGGUGUGUAUCUUCUUAUUAAAGCCCCCACUUUCAAUUCCACCGAAAUAACAUGUAUCUGUGUAUCGGUGUGUAAAUGUGAGGGAUAAGCCACUGAUAUAUGCCCUGCUACCCCUGUUGGUAAAUGAGGCCCAAUAAUAAACAGUGUGGGGAUUGUUCUGGAAUAAUUGCAUUGGUUUCAUUGUACCCAAAAAGCUAAUUACUGGAUAAGCAGAUCGGGCAUUCUGAGGGAGUUGGUGUUAAAAGGGAAUUACAUGUGUAGGACAUGUAUUCCUGUUCCUAUAGUGUUAAAACCUCCUCCUCCACACCCUCCACCCGUCCCCCCAAAGAAAUUAUAGUAAAAUCUUACCUUUCUAAGAGUCUGCUGCUGCUGCCCCUACCUCUGAUAUGCCUGCUUGGCUGACAUCAUCAGAAGUGUUGAACAAAAGCCAAUCACAAUGCAGUCCCAUAGGAUUGACUGAGACUGUCAAAGAGGCAGGCCAGUGGCAGAGCCAGCAAACGUCAAAUACAGCCCUGGCCAGUCAGCAUCUCCUUGUAGAAAUUAAUUGAAUCAAUGCAUCUCUGUUGAGAAAGUUCAGUGUCUCCAUGCAGAGGAGACGCUGAAUGUGCAGUGCUGCUUAUUUUGCAGCACUGGCAAAGGAAGCCGCUUUAGCAGCCAUCUGAGGAAAACACCGCAUUUUCUCUGAAAAGACAGUGUUUACAGCAAAAAGCAUGAAGGUAAUGAUUCUACUCACCAGAACAAAUUCAAUAAGCUGUAGGUAUUCUGGUGACGAUAGUGUUCCCUUUAACAAAUAUAUAUAUUCGUGGGGUGUGCAAAGUAUCAUAUAUCAUGUAAAUAUAAAUUCUGGCAGUCACUUCAGAGAAAGCAUACAGAGAAAAGGAGACAUGAAAGAAUGUAUUUAUUUAUAUUCCUUAUUUACAAUUUCUGCCCAGGCUGUGUCUGCACUGAGCUGCAUUAUAAUGACACUUGCUAAAUCUGAAUACAAAUUUAUAUUUAUAAAUUUAAUAGGAUUAUACUAAUAUCAGUUACAUUUUCUUAUUUGAUCCCAUUUGUCUUUACCACAUAAUUUUAAAUAUCUUAUGUAAUAUUAUAAAUAUAAUGUUGGGUGAAUAUAAUGUUGAGUGGGUUGGUUUGUACUUGUUAACCCUGAAAUGAUAAAUCAGAUGAUGUAUCAGGGUAUCGUGCUAUGAAGAUAGUUGCCCAAAUUGUAAAUUUGUACAUACAUUAACAAACAAAUCUCUUUGCAGGUUUUAAGAUUAAAAAAGAUUUUAUGAAAAGAGCUGAAAAGUGGUACGGAUCUAAAACACUUAAUUUAGCAAAGAACAAGGAGCAGAAUCUGGAAUCCAUUAAUGAGUGGGUCAGAAAAGCAACAGAGGGAAUGAUCCCAAAAUUCCUCUCGGAGAUCCCUGCAGAUAUGGUAUUAAUGCUGCUCAAUGCCAUGUAUUUUAAAGGUAAAUUGGAUAAGAGGUUUUUGUGUAAUAAGUACAUGUAGCUUUUACCUGUUGUUAGUCAUGUCUUGGUUGCUAAAAGGAACACUCUAAGUCCCAUAACCACUACAGCCCACUUUAGUGUUUGUGGGGCCAGGAGUUCCUUGGUGCCGUCCCACUGUAAGUACUAAAGCCACUUUAGGACAGUUUGACAACUUAUCUGGGUUCCUCGUAGUGCCCGCAAAUGCAGCACCUGCUUCUGGUCAUCUCCUGCAAAAGAAUCAUAUUCUUUAUUUAUGCAGGGAAACCAUCAUUGACUGGCUAAUGACACACUCCUGAAUUGGCUCUGCUUUAUUCUAUAGACCCAUCCUGCUUCUCCAGCAAAAAAAAUCACUGGAUUGUCUGUGGUUGAUCCAGUGAUCAAAUAACAUUAGAAAAUAACAUAUAUACAUGACAUCUUUUAUAUUGAAGGUCUGGGGUAGUUAUACAACUGUAGUGUUUUACUGAAUUAUCCCAAGUUCUCUAGUCUAGAAGUUAAGAGGAUGCUAUUUUGUUGAAAAACUUUAAAAAAACAAAAACAAAACAAAACAUUGUUUAUUAGCUUUUUGUUCCUGUACAUAACAAGCUAGUUAUCAUGGGUGUGUUUUAUCAUUAAAAAUUUACUAUAUAUGCAGAAGGCCAAUUUAACAUUCUUGCCAAAUACUUUUUAAUAUCCGCUUGAAAAAGAAAAAAAAAUGUACAUGACUUGGAAAUAAAAAUGUGUUUUAACAAGGAAACAAGUAAACGUUUUUAUAUUUUUUUCUUUCUCAUGGCUGGUUUUACUAGUUCAGUCUUUGCGGAAAAAAAAUUUGGAAGCACAACAAGAAGGGAAACUGCCACAUGUGAGCUAUUAUUAUUUUAUAGUUUAUUCACUACAGUAAACACUAUGCAACAGUGUGUACUGGGAAAAAUAUUCCAACAAAAAAAACAAAAUGCUCCUCUUAUUUCCUCUGAGUGCAGUGAGUAGCCAUUUUGAUAAUCUUUAUAUUUCCAUGAUGCUCAAGUCUUAAACUUGCAAGUUUGCAAUGGAUGGAGGGUUGUCAUGAGUUGCUCUCAUUCUGUCGUUGGGGACUAUCUUGGUGGCAAUUCACCAUGAACCCAGAAUGUUUUUCCAUACAUAUUAAAUGUAUUUUCUAAUGUCUAUAUAAUGCAGUAAAACAAUUAGCCAGCACCUACUGCAUGGGGAAGAAGUCCAGACGCCAGGGACCCGUUAAACCAGAGGAACCAUUGCUCCUAUCUAUAUUACCCUUUAGAUUGCAAUAUCUAUCUGUUAUGUAUUGGGGUGUUAUGCAGUCCACCUUCCAGUAGAUGGCAGCAUAGUGAAGUUAUGCACUUGUUCUGUUGUGUUAGUCUCUCGUGUUAUGUUAUUAUGUGUGUGUACUGAAGUAAAGAGAAGUUCUAUUUUACUACAAUGUCUGAGAGCCAUUUGUGAAUAUAUAACAUGCGAAUACAUUAAACUGGCGACGAGGAUGGGAUGUCAGUAAAUGGACACUGCAGAAUAUAUAUACAGGAAAUAAAAUCACCCCGAGUGAGGAAGUAAAACUUUUCUUUUGGAAUUCUAUUAUCUACAAAUAUUUCCAGCAUGGCUUCUCUGGGACACAUGGAGAAAUUUGAUCUGGUUAAUCCAGCCUCAUGGGGCUCAUAUGCUGACAGGUUAGUGUUUUUCCUGAAGCUAAUAAGGUGUGUUGCUGCUCUCCGGUGCUGAGCUGGUAGUGAGGCGGCUUUGGCGGUUACUCAAAGUGUGCGCAGCCAGCAGACAUGGCGGGCCGGUCUAUGCAAGCAGCUCGAUGCCCUACAGAUGAACUCUCUCUCACUAACUGCGCCGUUGUCAAUGAGAAAGAUUUCCAGUCUGGCCAGCAUGUGACCGUGAGAACUUUCCAAAAUAGGGGCUGUAUUGAGCCACACUUUGAGAAAUGGGGUUGAGGCUCCUAUUGCGUUUUAUUCACGGACUUUAUCUACUACAGAGAGGAAUUAUGCCCAAAUUGACAAGGAGGCUUUAGCUAUUGUGUCCGGUGUAAAAAAGUUUCAUGACUAUUUGUAUGGGCGGAGGUUUACUAUUAUAACAGAUCAUAAACCUUUAAUGGGUCUGUUCACCAGCAAUACUCCCACUCCUCAAAUAAUUUCACCACGCAUGCUCAGGUGGUCCCUUAUGCUGAAUGCCUAUGAUUGUGAGUUCAAGUAUCGUCCUGGCAAGGAUAUCAAACAUGCUGAUGGAUUAAGCCGAUUACCUUUGCCUUCUCCUGACUUCCUUGUUCCUCCUAUGUCUGAGGUCCUCAUGUUGGAAUCCAUUCCAAACCCUCUGUUACAUGCAAGUGACAUUGCUUGUAUGUCUGCCAAGGAUCCUUUGCUGUCCCGUGUGCUCAACUGGGUUUGGAAGGGGUGGCCAAAAUCAAAAGUGGAAGACAAGUUCAAGCCAUUUGUAGUGCGCCAACAUGAACUAUCUGCCUAUAAAGGGUGCCUAUUAUGGGGAAACAGAGUGGUAAUUCCAAAUGCAGGACAAGCUCGAGUAUUGCAUGCUCUUCAUAAAGGACAUCCUGGAAUAGUUUGCAUGAAGGUUUUAGCCGGAAGUUAUGUUUGGUGGCCUAAAAUGGAUGAAGUUAUUGAAAAGUGGGUGAAGAACUGUGUACCAUGCCAAUCUACUCGUCAUGCUCCACCUAAAGCCUCAGUACAUCCUUGGGAAGUGACUAGAUCACCUUGGUCCCGUUUACAUAUAGAUUUUGCUGGCCCUUUUCAUGGACAGAUGUUUUUUUUAGUUGUUGACUCCUUUUCAAAAUGGUUAGAAGUUGUUCCAGUUACAUCUGCUAUCUCAGUCACAGUCAUAAAGAUUCUAAGGAGGCUGUUUGCUACACAUGGGUUGCCAGAUACAAUUGUGUCUGAUAAUGGAACACAAUUUACCUCAUCAGAAUUCAAAAUUUUCAUGGCAAGUAAUCUUUUUCGACAUGUUACGAUUGCCCCAUUUCACCCAUCAUCAAAUGAUCAAGCUGAGCGUAUGGUUCAGACUACCAAAGACUCAUUAAAGACAAUUAUUGAAGGAGAUUGGAAUCGUAGACUUGCAAAUUUCCUUCUGCAACAACAUGUGACACCAUGCUCAAGCACUGGUAGUAGUCCAGCAGAGCUCCUUAUGAACCGGCGUCUUAAAACUUGUCUGGAUUGUUUACAUCUUGAUUUGACAUCUGAGUUACAAAAGAAGCAAGAAUUGCAAUUCAAUAAGAACUAUAAUGCUUCCACUGUGAGAGUAUUUGCACCUGGCAGUGCUGUCUAUGUCAGGAAUUAUGUUUCUGGGCCUAAAUGGAUACCUGCAAAAGUACUUGUGGCCACAGGACCUUUGUCAUACAAAGUUCAAAUUCCCGAUGGUAGAAUAUUAUGAAGGCCCCUUACAAAAUACAAAUACACCCUGUUCCAAAUUAUUAUGCAAAUUCUAUUUAAGUGUCACAAAGAUUAAAUAUUUUGUUUUUCAGUUUAACUCAUGGAUGGCAUUGUGUCUCAGGGCUCUUUUGAUCACUGAAAACAAUCUCGGACACCUGUGAUAAUUAGAUUGCCAGGUGAGCCUAAUUUAAGGAAAAACUACUAAAGGAGGGUGUUCCACAUAAUUAAGCAGAGCACCAUUUUCAUGCAAUAUGGGAAAGAAAAAGGAUUGGGAAAGAAAAAGGAUCUCUCUGCUGCCGAAAAGAGUGAAAUAGUUCAAUGCCUUGGAUGAGGUAUAAAAACAUUAGAUACUUCACGAAAACUUAAAGGACCACUCUAGGCACCCAGACCACUUCAGCUUAAUGAAGUGGUCUGGGUGCCAGGUCCCUCUAGGAUUAACCCUUUUUUUAUAAACCGAAACUGCUAUGUUUAUAAAUGGGUUAAUCCAGCCUCCAAAUCCUCUAGUGGCUGUCUCAUUGACAGCCGCUAGAGGCGCUUGCGUGCUUCUCACUGUGAAAAUCACAGUGAGAACACGCAAGCGUCCAUAGGAAAGCAUCAUAAAUGCUUUCCUAUGAGACAGGCUGAAUGUGCGCGCAGCUCCUGCUGCGCAUGCGCAUUCAGCCGAAGAGGAGGAUCAGAGGCGGAGAGGAGGAGGAGAGCUCCCCGCCCGGCGCUGGAAUAAAGGUAAGUUUAACCCCUUUCCACACCAUCCAGCCCGGCGGUAGGGGGACCCUGAGGGUGGGGGCACCCUCAGGGCACUAUAGUGCCAGGAAAACGAGUAUGUUUUCCUGGCACUAUAGUGGUCCUUUAAGCGUGAUCAUCUCACUAUUAAGAGAUUUGUGGCUGAUUCAGAGCACAGACGGGUUCGUGCAGAUAAAGGCACAUUGAGGAAGAUUUCUGCCAGAUCCAUGCAUCGGAUCAAGAGAGCAGCUGCUAAAAUGCCAUUACAUAGCAGCAAACAGAUAUUUGAAGCUGCUGGUGCCUAUGGAGUCCUCCAGGUGUAGAGUCCUCCAGAGUCUUGCAACUGUGCAUAAACCUUCUAUUCGGCCACCACUAACCAAUGCUCACAAGUAGAAACGGCUGCAUUGGGCAGAAAAAUACAUGAAGACUAAUUUUCAAACAGUCCUGUUCACUGAUGAGUGCCGUGCAACCCUGGAUGGUCCAGAUGGAUGGAGUAGUGGAUGGUUGGUGGACGGCCACCCUGUUCCAACAAGGCUGCGACGUCAGCAAGGCGGGGGUGGAGUCAUGUUUUGGGCCGGAUUCAUCGGAAGAGAGCUGGUUGGCCCCCUUAGUGCCCCCGAAGGUGUUAGGAUGACCUCUGCAAAGUAUGUGGAGUUUCUGACUGACCACUUUCUUCCCUAGUACAGAAGGAAGAACUAUGCUUUCCAUAAUAAAAUCAUCUUCAUGCAUGACAAUGCACCAUCUCAUGUUGCAAAGAAUACCUCUGCAUCAAUUUACAUCCAAACAGCAGCUCUGGGAGGCUAUUCUGACAUCUUGUAAACAAAUUCAAGCAGAAACUGUCCAAAAACACACAAGUUAAAUGGAUGCAAGACUUGUGAAGCUGCUAUCAAAUAAGGGGUCCUAUGUUAAAAUGUAACGUGACCUGUUAAAAUGUCUAAAAAGUUAAAAUGUUGUUAUACGUUUGAUUGAAAUAGCUUUUGAUUUCAGUAAAUAUGCUGCAAACAUCAUCUUCAUUUGGAACAUCAUCCCAAUUAUUUUUGAAUGUAUACCUUUUGCUCAUAUAAUGGUUUAAUCACAUUGAUAGCUGUACAGAUAUUGUUGAUUGCUGUGGGGCUCAGCAGGCGACAACUAGUACCCAUGGUGCCAAACUGCCAGGAUCACUUUUAGUGGCUACUCAAUUAAAAGGAUUUUUAAUAAUGGUUGUAAGAAGCACCAAGAUCCCAGUUCAGAUAGCGAAUUAAUAAAACAACAACUUCGAUCAACCUUGGUGUUGGUACAGAGUACUAUAGUUUUUAUUGUGCCUGGUAUGCCCUGGUGCCCCUCAAAUAUAAGUAGUCCAACAGUUUGCUAAUGGUCUGCCUUCUUGCCUGAGGUCUGCAUACGUAACAAUCCUCUUUAUGUUUGGAGAGACACAAGUUUCUGUUAGGAGCUUCUCUUAGCUCUCAUGAGGCUGUGUGGGACCUGCUCAUUGGCUAAGAGUGUCAGCCAAUGGCUUUCAGCCAAUGAACUAAGCUAUGCACAGUUGAGCUUAGCUGAGAGUUUCUGGUUGUCAUAAAUGGCAGUGAAUGACGCCUGGCACAUCUGAGGUAAGAAAUCAAACUGUUAGCGGCGUACAUACCGCGGUCGCAGGGGGUCACAGCUGCAACCGGGCCGGUCACUCCAGGGGGGCCCGCUGCCCUGCGGACCCUUGCGACCAGGUGCCUGACGCCAUGUGUUGCGGCCUAGGCCAUGCAGUAUAAUUGCUGGGGCCGCAGGUGAAGGGGCCCAUCGGGUGGCCCAUGCUGUUAGGGCCACCUGAUGGAAAUGAAUUGAAAUGAAUGUCAUCAUCAGAGUGGGCCGGGUAAUAGCGUGACUGGACCAACUCUAAUGAUGUCAGACGCUGGGAGGAAUGACUGCCGCGGUCACUCCUCCCAGCAACCACCAGAAGCUGCGCGGGAGGAAGCAGAGGGAGUCAGAGUGGGAACUCUGACUCCCAUCAACCUGAGCCACUGGACCCCAGGGAAGUCACCCUCCUGCACCUAAAAGGUAGGUAAUAGGAGGGUGACUAAAAUAUUUUGCAUGUGUGAGUGUCUCUGUGUGUCUGUGUAUGUGUGUCUAUGUAUGUGUGUAUGUGUCUGUAUGUGUGUCUAUGUAUGUAUCUGUGUGUAUGUAUGCAUGUGUGUGUAUCUCUAUGUAUGUGUGUCUGUAUGUAUGUGUCUGUAUGUGUGUGUAUGUGUGUCUCUGUAUGUAUGUGUCUCUGUGUGUGCCUAUUUAUGUGUGUGUCUGCGUGUGUGUGUGUGUGUGUGUGUAUGUGUGUCUGUAUGUAUGUGUCUGUGUGUGUGUAUCUAUGUAUGUGUCUGUAUGUCUGUGUCUUUGUAUGUGUAUGUAUGUGUCUGUAUGUAUGUAUGUGUGUCUCUGUGUUUCUCUACGUGUCUGUAUGGGGUGGUGUUGGAGGGGAUGGGGGGGCCCCAUGGAUUAGUUUUGCAACGGGGCCCCAUGGAUUGUGUGUACGCCACUGCUUAAAGUGUUCCUUUAAGGUCCAUAAAGUAUAAGGGUAGUCAUCAACAAAGUGUUUUUACACUUUGUGUAUUUCAAAAAACAAAAAGCAUGCUGUAGUGGUUAGCGCUUGUACAAUACUGAUAUAGUCCAAAGGCAGCUCGAUCACCAAAAGCAGAGUUUCUCUUGUCUGAUAGGGGGUAGUAUAAAACAGGAAAAGAAGGUGCAGCAUCUGAAGUGUCCUUUAGGGAAUGUAUACAAUGACAAAAAGGACUGAUAGUGUAGUAAGUUAAAAACUUAUUGACAUCACUUGAUCAUAUAUAUGAUACUAAGUUUGUCUGUACUUACAACAGCCUGUUCUAUCCGUACGUACUAUAGCCUAGUCUCAUAUAUGUCUUCUAUAUAUAAUAAUUUUUCGUUUGAUCUUCAGAAUACUUAAAGGACCACUAUAGGCACCCAGACCACUUCAGCUCAAUGAAGUGGUCUGGGUGCUAGGUCCAUCUAGGGUUAACCCUGCCUGCUGUAAACAUAGCAGUUUCAGAGAAACUGCUAUGUUUACCUAUGGGUUAAUCCAGCCUCUAGUGGCUGUCUCACUGACAGCCGCUAGAGACGCUUCCGCGCUUCUCACUGUGAAAAUCACAGUGAGAAGAUGCCGACGUCCAUAGGAAAGCAUUGAGAAUGCUUUCCUAUGGACUGGCUGAAUGCGCACGCAGCUCUUGGUAUGCAUGCGCAUUCAGCCAAUGACAUCAGAAGAGGGAGGAGAGUCCCCAGCGCCGAGGGAGCCCGGCGCUGGAGAAAGGUGAGGGUGGGGGCAAUCUCAGGGCACUAUAGUGCCAGGAAAACGAGUUUGUUUUCCUGGCACUAUAUGGUCCUUUAAGGUUUGUCAUGUGAUAAACGCAUUACAUUAUUAAUAAUGUUUCCUUUUUUGAUGUAGGUAUUUGGCAUAAUAAAUUUGACCCCAGCAUGACUGUGCAGGAUACAUUUCAUAUCAACGAUGAACUGACAGUCCCAGUGGAUAUGAUGACAGCCCAGAAAUUUCCUCUUCGCUGGUAUAAUCAUGAGCAUCUCGACAGCCAGGUAAAAUGUUAACGCAGAACUGGGAUGGUUUUUGAGAUCUCCACAAAUGCCAAGCAUGCAUUUUUAUAACACAGCUUUUGAUACUAGCAUCAGGCUCUGCUUUAUUAAGGUUUUAGUGAGAUCGUAAAACCUUAAUAAAGUUUUGGUGGCUUGUCUGUUUGCCUGCCUGUCUCAGUCUGUCUGUCUGUCUGUCUAGCUAUCUAGCCAUAAAUAGGCCUAUGGGAUUCAACAGCCAAAAGCUGUUUACAUUUUUGACUAUUUGCCUGAUGACUGCAGCCAGGUAAAUAGGGGUCAAUAUGAAUACCACGUUAGUACAAGGGAGGAGUUACACCUCCUCUAUACCCCCACUCACCAUUCUGCUAAACAGCAGCUACUGCAGCCAUUAUUAAUAUACAUGGGGGACCCAGCACAAUUUAAACAAUUCUUAGGCAGUAUGUGUGUAUGGAUGUAGGUAUUAGGCAGUGUGUUUUUAUGGACGUAGGUAUUAGGCAGUAUGUGUGCAUGGAUGUAGUUAUUAGGCAGUGUGUGUGUGUGUGUGUCUGUAUGGAUGUAGGUAUUAGGAAGUGUGUGUGUGUAUGGAUGUAGGUAUUAGGCAGUGUGUGUGUGUGUGUGUGUGUGUGUGUAUGGAUGUAGGUAUUAGGCAGUGUGUGUUUAUGGAUGUAGGUAUUAGGCAGUAUGUGUGCAUGGAUGUAGUUAUUAGGCAGUGUGUGUGUGUGUAUGUAUGUAGGUAUUAGGCAGUGUGUGUUUAUGGAUGUAGGUAUUAGGCAGUGUGUGUGUGUGUAUGGAUGUAGGUAUUAGGCAGUGUGUGUUUAUGGAUGUAGGUAUUAGGCAGUGUGUGUGUGUAUGGAUGUAGGUAUUAGGCAGUGUGUGUUUAUGGAUGUAGGUGUAGGUGUAUAUUAGACAGUGUGUGUGUGUAUGGAUGUAGGUAUUAGGCAGUGUGUGUGUGUAUGGAUGUAGUUAUUAGGCAGUGUGUGUGUGUGUAUGGAUGUAGGUAUUAGGCAGUGUGUGUUUAUGGAUGUAGGUAUUAGGCAGUGUGUGUGUAUGGAUGUAGGUAUUAGACAGUGUGUGUGUAUGUGUAUGGAUGUAGGUAUUAGGCAGUGUGUGUUUAUGGAUGUAGGUAUUAGGCAGUGUGUGUGUGUAUGGAUGUAGGUAUUAGGCAGUGUGUGUUUAUGGAUGUAGGUAUUAGGCAGUGUGUGUGUUUAUGGAUGUAGGUAUUAGGCAGUAUGUGUGCAUGGAUGUAGUUAUUAGGCAGUGUGUGUGUGUGAAUGGAUGUAGGUAUUAGGCAAUGUGUGUUUAUAGAUGUAGGUAUUUGGCAGUGUGUGUUUAUGGAUGUAGGUAUUAGGCAAAAAACUUUUAACAACUUUAAUUUCCUAGGACAAAAUGCAGAAACUGUUCUCUAAUAGCAGUUGUUUAUUUUACUUGUAAAUCUGACUCCUAUAUAUCCGUUGUUUACUUGAUUGAGUAUAUUUAUUGGUGACUUUCAUUUAGGUGGCCAAGUUACCUUUCAAAGGAAAUAUGAGUUUUGUUGUUGUUACACCCUUUCAAUUUAAAUGGAAUAUUUCCAAGCUCCUGGACAACUUUAAUCAAAGUGACAUCUACCAUCGUUUCCCAAGGCCAAAGCAAACUUUGUUUAGAAUGCCAAAACUAAAUCUGGACUUUAAACUAGAGCUAACUCAGGCUCUGAGCAAUCUUGGUAAGAACCAAUAUGGCUACAUUUAA